UUCAAAAAUCAACCUAGAAGAUCCUUGAGAUUCUUGAUGAAAUCUGUGGGAUAUCACUUUCCAAACUGUCAGAUUUCCUAUGAGGAUUAUGUAUCUUCUUGACCAUGAUGGGUUCCCAUUUAAAAUGUCACACUCUCAUUCCAUCACAUUACAUUACAUUAUUAUUCAUCUCUAUUCCUCUUCCUUGUUCUAUUCUUUCAUCCAAUUUUCUCCUUCUGUUGUGGCUAGCUAGCACAUAAUUAUAUCUUCCAAGUUAUUAUGGCUAUGACUGUGGAGGCUCAGUUCCAUGUUUUGGCUGUUGAUGACAGUAUUAUUGACAGAAUGCUGAUUGAGAGGCUCCUAAAAACCUCUUCCUUUCAUGUUACUACACUGGACUCUGCCACUAAGGCCUUAAAAUUUCUUGGUUUGGUUGAAGAUGAGUUGCGGACUUUUGACACUACUGUUGCAUCAGAAAUUCAUCAGGAUGUAGAUGUAAACUUGAUUAUAACAGAUUACUGCAUGCCAGGAAUGACUGGCUAUGAUCUGCUGAGAAAAAUCAAGGAAUCUAAAUCUCUUAAAAACAUACCAGUUGUGAUUAUGUCCUCAGAGAAUGUACCAUCAAGGAUCAACCGAUGCUUGGAAGAGGGUGCAGAAGAAUUCUUUCUGAAACCAGUUCAACAGGCAGAUGUGAACAAGCUGAAACCUCACUUGAUGAAAUCAAGACCUAAGGAAGAGCAAGACCAGCCCUUCAAUAACAAAAGGAAGGACAUGGAGGAAAUCCACUCCCCAAAUAAAACCAGGAUAAAAUGUAGCAGUUAAAAUUGGUUUCAAAUUAAAAUUUGAUGAAACAUAGGGUAGUGCCUAUAACAUUUUCCUCUUCUCUCUCACUGGCUUGGUAGUAAAAAUUUAGGCAGUCAAUAAUCAUGCAAAAGGGUUAAAGGGUAUAAGUCAUUGAUGUAAAUAGCCUGAGAAAGAAUUUCAUUCAAUUUUGGCCAACAAAUAACAAUUCAUUUUGACAUUUUUUUUUUAAUUUCCAUUGUGUCCUUUAUCAGUUUACCCUCAA